CAAAGCAUUUAAAACACUCUUCUUCCAACUUAUAGAUGCUAUUGUGGUAACUUUUAGGUUACCACUUUGGAUACAACAGUUACAGCGUGGUUGAAAUUAUCGAGUAUGGGGUAUUUUCCUCGGCUUCUUGAAUGUCGCAGACAGAGAUUUCUUGUGUGCGGGGUCAUCUUUGGAUUGUUUUGCGUCGCCUGGAUCUAUAUUAAUGUGCAAGGGCAGACUACAAUCGAAAACGUUUCUGGUGAUGUAAAACCUUCGUUUCUCGGUCAUCAUGGAGUAUCCGAGAAUGAGCGAAGAAUAUGGCGGAAAAAAUUCUUCGCCGGUGUAAAGAAAAUUCUGGGUCAAUUCAAGGAAAAUCGAAGCUAUCCGAGGGAGGGCCACGAAAAUGACACAAAGCUAUCAGAACUCAAACGUAUUCGUAGUCAUCCAAGGAAGAGUUUUGAAGUUGCAGCACACAAUGGUUUGUUUCACUUUUUUGAACCUGGGUCAUGUGACGCUAUUUCCCCAGAAAUGGUGCUGUAUAACAGGAUAUUUAAGACAGGCAGUGAGACGGUGGGAACACUAUUUCAGUUUGUGGCAACAGUGAUGGAUUAUGACUAUGCCAAGAGAACGACUGAAGAUUUUUAUGAUGAGGGCAUCUCUGAUCCUUACCCAAUGAUCAUUGAGCGAGCAGCCCGUGCCAUUGGUAAUAACAUCUUUUACAACGCACACUUUUAUUUCCGCGAUAACUUGAAAAUUCAACGGACUCAUACGUACAUCAAUCAGGUUAGAGAGCCAGUUUCCAGAUAUAUAUCUCAUUACUCUUACAUGCACAAUACAAGGCAUCGACCUGCGUGGCGAAUAAACAAGAUGAUUCGAAAUGGAGAGUUGAACGAGACAAUCCAGCACUGCUUCGAGAGAGAAGGCCAAGGAUGUAAGAAAAAUUUGAUGACGCGUUUCUUUUGCGGUCCUGAGAAAUUUUGUAAGAACGAUGGAAGGAGAGCUCUUAAAAGAGCCAAAGAAAAUAUUCUUAAGCACUAUGCAGUUGUGGGAUUGUUGGAGCACUUUCACCUUACUUUAAAGGUUCUACAAAGGCGUCUACCUUACUUUUUACCUGUUUUCCCGAGGAAUUCUGAUGUUAAAAUGAACCAAGCUGUGAAGAGAAGUUCCAGCUUUGUGAGUGAGGAAAUGAUGUUAAGGAUUAAACAAGCAAAUUGGGCAGAUGUUGAACUUUACGACUUUGUCAAGCAAUUGUUUUGGAGACAAGUAAAAGCGUGUGGGGUAUCAUGAAAGAAGUAUUUGAUGAGAUAAAA